AUGCUCCCCGAACAUCAUAGCACGGUCUGUUCAUGGAUCCGUCAGACAUUCGAUAGUCGACGACAAGUUAUCUUCAAUCUUGUUAAGAACUCGAAGAGCGCUGUCCAUUUAAGCUUUGAUCUAUGGACGGCUUCAAAUGCGUUCAAUUACUUGGGCAUCGUCGGGCAUUUUGUUGACGUGAAAGGCGAGAAACGUGAUGUGCUCCUUGGGCUACCACGUCUUGUCGGCCCACACUCUGGCGAGAACAUGGCGACAUAUGUCAAGGGCGUGAUCGAGCAAUACGAAUUAGGCUCCAAGCUUGGAUACUUCAUGCUCGAUAACGCGGAGAGUAACGAUACCUGCCUGGAGACGCUUGCUAAGUGGUUUCCAAUGGAUGUCAGGCGUCGGCGCUUGCGCUGCGUAGGGCACGUUAUCAACCUGAUCGUCCGGGCGGUUAUCUUCGGUUCCAAUGUUGCCGCCUUUGAGGCACAGCUCCGUGGGGCCACUGAUGAGUUCCGUUUUGAGCUUUGGGCUAGGAAGGGCGCUAUCGCACUUGAGAUUCGUAGCGCGAUCGAACUGUAUCAAUCCCGGUGGCAAAAGCCCCGGCACGACCCCAACCACCGCGAUCUAACCAACGAUUUUCUCAACGCCACGGACUGGGUUGAGCUCGAGCGCUUUUAUCAUUUCCUGAAGCCUUUUCACAUCCUAACCAAGACCAUGGAAGGUAACGCCAACAAACCGGGGGCAGAAGGAGGCCACGGCGCCGUGUGGGAGACGUUGAAGACGAUGGACUACCUGUUUAUCAAAUUCAAGCAGGCAGCAGAGGAAACACGGCUUGAAGAAGCCUCGCAUUUUAAGUCUGGAAUCGAUUGUGGGUGGGCUAAGCUUGAAGACUACUACGUCAAGACCGACAGGACGCCAGUGUAUCGAGCAGCACUUGCCCUCCAUCCAUCUUACGGAUACGACUACUUUGAACGUCACUGGAAGAAGGCUAUGGGUAAACCGCAAUGGUACAGCGACAUGCAGUCGGCUGUUGGUGGACUCUUCGACGAAUAUCGAUGGCAAGCGGAAGCUGAAACCCAGGCGCAGGCAGGGCUUUCGCAGGACGAUGAUGACGAAAUCGACGCUGAUGUGAACGAGUACAGCUCUUUUGGGAAGCGACCAAUCAGCUCACUGAACGCACAGCGGAUGAGGGCCAAGACAGUUAGUGAGCUCGACUUAUUCCAGACACGGCCAAUCUAUGCCGAAGAUCUUGAUGUCACGAGCCCUCUCGAAUGGUGGAGCCGGCAUCAAGCCGAGUACCCGGUCUUGUAUCGAAUGGCGGUGGAUCUAUUCUCGAUCCCCGGAAUGAGCGCCGAAUGUGAGAGGAUAUUUAGCCAGACUGAGAAGAUGAUCACGGAUGAACGGAAUAGACUAUCGCCUGAGACGGUUGAAGCUGAUCAGCUCCAAAAGCAAUGGCUAAUGAGAGGCCUAGUACUGUAG